AUGCCUGCUGCCACCGCCAAAGUCAAGUUACCCUCCAUCCUGGAACUAACGAGCCAUUCUGCUCUUGCCCAUGACCCGCUCCCCUCGUCGCUCUCCCUGACCCCUUCCAGCUUGCUGCCUCUGAUUUUCCAUCAACCUUCCACAAUCUCGUCCUCAGCGGCAUCCUCCUUCAGAAACUUCGAUCUCCACCACAUACCUCCUCCUCUCCCAUUACACCCCCAGCAUCUACCUCCCCGCCCAUUGCCGCCUCUGCUGUCACACUACUCGUACGGCCAGCCGCCAGUGCCCUCUCCAAUUUUCCAGCACCACCAGCAUCUCCUACCCCAUCAUCAACAGCAGCAGCAGCAGCAGCAGCAGCAGCACUUCUAUGUGCCCGUUUACUACCCGCUGCCUUCGGUGGACAAUUCUCCUCCAGCUCCCACACCAGCUCCGAAACCAGCUACGGCUGCUGACUAUAGAGUGCCUGAGGUGAUCAACAAGCCCAUGAACAAGUGCCACCGGUGUGGUACCACAGAGACGCCCGAGUGGAGAAGAGGGCCCAAUGGGUUGCGAACGCUAUGUAAUGCGUGUGGUUUGUUUCACGCCAAGUUGGUGAGAAGGAAAGGCGCUGCGUGGGCCGCUGAGGAGGUGCUCAAUAAUAAGGUGUGCAAGGGGAAGAAUGGGAGAAGGAUCAGUGUGAAGAAGCAGGCGAUGGACGAGCUGAAAAAGAGAAUGAAGCAGGCUCAGGUGGUGGAAAUUCCUCCGCUUCCUCCUGCGAGAGGCUACUCUUCGGGCUCGACGCCUGCGAGCUCUUCUGGGUCGCCUGUUUAUCAAUUUAGGUGA